ACUGAUCAACCGAUGCGAUUCAUGCACUGCGGUGUGUUUUGACAUUGAAGUGACAAGUUGGGUAUUCGGUGCUCGUCCAAUUGAAUAUCUCGAAAAAACACUACCUGUGAUAUUAAUUAUUCCAGCAAUAUGGUAAUUGCCAUAGGAUUCGAAGGGAGUGCCAAUAAAUUAGGCAUUGGAAUAAUCCGCGACAAUGAUAUUCUCUCUAAUGUUCGACACACUUACAUCACACCACCAGGGGAAGGUUUCCUGCCGCGAGAAACAGCGCAGCAUCAUCGCCAGCAUGUUUUAGAAACGUUAAAAUGCGCCCUUAAGGAUGCAAGUCUUACCAUGAAAGAUAUUGAUGUAGUUUGCUACACGAAAGGACCUGGAAUGGGAGCACCUUUAACAGCAGUUGCGCUAGUGGCAAGGAGUGUUGCGCAGCUUUACAACAAGCCUAUAGUAGCAGUGAAUCACUGCAUAGGGCACAUAGAAAUGGGGAGAUUAAUAACGAAAAGCAAAGAUCCAACAGUACUGUAUGUUUCGGGAGGAAACACUCAGGUCAUAGCAUACUCUAGACAGCGUUACAGAAUUUUUGGUGAAACAAUUGACAUCGCUGUGGGAAAUUGCCUUGAUCGUUUUGCACGGCUUUUAAAACUGUCCAAUGAUCCUAGCCCAGGAUACAACAUAGAACAACUUUCCAAAGAAGGUCAAAAACUGGCGCCACUGCCAUAUACAGUCAAAGGAAUGGACGUGUCAUUUUCUGGUAUCUUGAGUCACAUUGAAGAACGACUACCCAAAUGGUUGAAGAAUGGCGAAUAUACAAACGCAGAUCUAUGCUUUUCUUUACAAGAAACUUUAUUUGCAAUGUUGAUAGAAAUAACAGAACGAGCGAUGGCACACACAGGAUCGCACGAAGUUCUUAUAGUUGGUGGUGUCGGUUGUAAUUUAAGACUGCAGAAAAUGAUGGCUGAGAUGUGUGAGGAAAGAAACGCUACCCUUUAUGCAACUGACGAACGAUUUUGUAUUGACAAUGGAGUGAUGAUAGCUGUUGCCGGUUUAUCACAAUUCAACACGAGUGGUCCCACACCCUGGCAUCAAACCACCUGCGUUCAACGAUACAGAACAGAUGCUGUGCAUGUAGCUUGGCGAAUUUGAGUUUGAGGCGUAAGAACGAAAUAUUACAUAAUUGGAAGUGUGGUAGGGGCGUGGCCUACAUCUCGCUGUCAGGUGGAGAAAAUUAAAAUUGAUGCCAGUAGUGUCAGUGAGAGGCUCUAUUGGCUGGUUCUAUCAGAAUGACCUCACUGUUGAUGGUUCGAGCGCUGUCCGCAGUUUGGCGUACCAAACUAUCACAGAUGCCAAUGUUAUGAACUUUUCAAUUUAGUAGCCAUAAAGUACGCUGGUAUGGUUGCGUUUUGCUGCCAUAAAAUUGAACCUUAUACAGAGACGUGUUCAAUUGAGCACAAGUUCAACUGUAGGGUCGGAAAACGCGACCAUAAUGGCGUAUCUUACCGCUUUUACAUAAAAAAAUAAUGUUCACACCACAGCCAUACAACUUUCUGGCUUUGGUUCAAAAACUACUAUUGCAUGAGAAUUUCAAAAAUAAAAUGAGCAACUUAUAUGUAUAGUAUAUACAGGGUGAGUUUUCUUCGGGGUCUGAUCUGGGAGGAGCUUGGAUGCGCUGAGAGUCCGACUUCUAUUCAUACUCGACUUCUAUUCAUACUCGUCCGUUUCAAAAUAAUAGUGUGUGAUUAUAGAGCAGAUACGCUUAUCUCCAAAUCUGUUUACGUCCACACGUAUAGCACACAUCCGAAAUACAAUCUACUCACAUGAGGGAUUGUUUUGAUAGCGGGAUACAAGCAUUGACACAGGACGAGUAUGAAUAGAAGAAGGCGGACUCUCACAUAUUCAAGCUCCUCCUAGAUCAGACCCCGGAGAAAACUCACCCUGUAUAUAACGCAAGUAAGUUUGCUUUGAUAAAGAAUUGGAUCAAUGCCUGUACAUUUGUAUAUAAUGUGUGACAAACAUACAUAGAUAUCCACGUUUAUUCACGAAUUCUGUACCUAAUAUAUUAUAUUUAUAAUAAAAUAUACAUUUAUGUACAUGAUACAGCAAAAACUUCAUAGCGGUGACAAGACAGAUAAAUAUCAAAUUUCCAGACUUCCUGCCGUAUUUUUUAUGUUUUCUGUACACAGGCCAGCAUUCAGUUUUGUUUGAUUGCCAUUAUCUUAUUAAAUAAUAGUCUACAAUACUGUACUGACAUGUGGUACAGAAUUAUUUGUUAAAUUUGUCAAAAACAAGUUGAAUAUUGAAGGUGAA